CUAUAAAACAAGAUUCGAGAAAUCUAAUGAAAAGAAAAAAAACAACCGAAAAUGUAUCUUAUGUUUUUUGUGUUUCUCCUAGAACUAAUAUUUGCUUUUAUGCCGUUAUUCGUCGGGGAAAUAACUAAACUGCUAUCACGGCUAAUUUAUAGUGUAACCAAUGAAGAGAUGAACACAAGAGCAGAAAUAAAGGAUUUAAAAGAUAAACAAGCUGGUAUUAGUGUUACUGAUGACUUUGCCAGUUAUGCAAGGAUCCAAAGAAAGGUUGACAAACUUUUACUUGUGAUUAAAGAAAAAGGAAAUGAAAGGAAGCAGCAAAUCACUUACUUACGAAUGGGAAUUACAAUUGGUAUUUACUGCUUACAUGUUAUCAUACUGCUUACUUUUAUGAUCUUUCUUCGAAAUGAACCUCUGAUGUUGGUUGAAUCAUCUUGGUUUGCACCAUUUGGAAAAAUAGUUGCAUUUCCAACAGGUAUUCCUGGAUCUGUAGGGCUUGGCUGCUGGAUGCUAGUAUCAAACACAGUUAUUUCCAGGUUCAGGACGUUAAUUGGCAUCUGAACAAAUUCUUAGGCAGACUCAACUUUUGGAUGGAAUGAACUUUGAAUGUAGAGUAACAUUCUCAAUGUAAUUUGUAAAUAUUUAUUGCACUGAUCUGCCACAUUUCAGUUUUAUGCUAUGUGUGUGAAAUUGUUUAAGGUUUAUUUAGCAUGACUGUCUUGUUAUGUAAAUAUAAAAUAUGGUUUAAAAAAUUAAUUGCUGGUAAUUUUAAUCUCUGUAAGUAUAAAUAUAUGACUAUUUCAAGACUAUUGUUCAGUUUUAAUAAAAUCAUUGAAAUACUGUCAUUGUUUUAUUUGCUGUAAUAGCUGAAAUGGCUCGUGUUGAAAUGCCCUGAUAAAUACAGCACUAA